AUGUCUUCUCUUGCUUCGUGCAUCUUCUGCAAGAUCAUUAAGGGCGAAAUCCCUUGCUUCAAGCUCAUUGAGACCGAGACCGUGCUCGCGUUCAUGGACAUUGGCCCGAUCGCGAAGGGACACUGCCUCGUGAUCCCCAAGUAUCACGCUGCCAAGCUGGCUGACCUGCCGGAAGACCAGAUGGGAGACAUCCUACCUGCGCUCACCAAGAUCGCUAAGGCUUCGGGUUAUGAGGAUUACAACAUUCUCCAAAACAACGGCCGCCCUGCUCACCAGGAGGUCGACCACGUCCACUUCCACUACAUCCCCAAGCCUGCCGGCGCCGGCGACAAGGCAGGUCUCGUUGUUGGUUGGCCAAUCCAAGGGCUUUCAAAGGAGGAUAUCCAGAAGGCUUACGACGAGCUCAAAGGCAAGCUCUAA